CUAUAACUUAAAUUUUGCAAUAUGAUCUAAAUCUGCAUUUAUUAAAAAAUAUCAAACCUUCAGGUGCUGACAGCUACCCCAAUUUUGACGCCUCUAUUGGAACAUUUAAGUUGGCUGUACAGACAUUUUUUAAUUUUGUGAGAUACAUUUCAUCUGCAGCAUAUAAAUGUAUACUAGAGCCCUGAAAUUAAAUGAAGCAACUCUUGAUUAGCAUACAUUACCUAUAGGCACCAAGUACCCACCAGACCUCUGAAAAGUACCGUUGAACACAUCCAUGCACAACAAACCACUUGCUGAAAUACAUAUUGAACCACUAUUUACAGGGUGAUUUUUUGGGUUGAGAGUGCUGUAGGCUACUGUAUUUAGAAUUCUUGCUCAGAACAAUUCAUAUUCUCUCUCCCUCUAUAAUUUUGUCAAGAGUUUUUAUGUAAUUAAAAGAAAAGACAAGAGAAAAAGUAUAUAAAAUAGAAAAAAAGGAUAAAAACAGUACAGACAAGCAAAGGAAAAAGAAAGUUAAAGAGCCACUUCCAGUCUUCUUUAUGGCAAUUACAAGGGAGCUGAGGAUAAUACUUGAUUACCUGCACAGUCCUAUGGAUGCUCUGGCAGCUACUUGAGUAGGGACGUGGCCAGAGCCUUGUAUAGGAUUGUGCCCAUUAGAACUGUCUUGGCCUGUUGCUCCCUGUGGUUCAGAGAAGACUUGAAGGAGCUGAAAAGGAGCUUCAGCUUGGCGCCUUGCUGGUAUUCUGUCAUCAGUUGGGGAAGAGGUGGAAACAUAUGGGAAAUAAAUCUGUAUUAUGGGAAAUAGGGAGGGGGGAUUGACAGUUGAGGAAGAGUAGAGUGGUUUGGAAGCUGGUUUGCGCUGGCACACUGCCAUCUUCAAGGCCAUUUGCACUGAGUAUGGAAUUUCACCAGCCCAAACACCUGAAAACAUCAUGGUGUGCUGGAUUGGCUACUACUGGGCCCACCCUUGUUGACAGUUGUCAUCCAAUCUUCCACCUUCCCUUUUUAAGGAAGGUGGUUUAGAAGAUGGUGGAGUUUCAAUUCCAGAGGAUGUUGGUUGAAAUUGAUUAUCUGGCCCUUUUUAGUCAGGUUUCAGGUCUUGAUACAGAACAGAAACAGCACUGUUUGUAUUUUUAGAUUAGGUAAUUUUUAUAAUUCUUCCUUUCCAAGGCUAGUGAAUAUAUAAGAGUAUGUAUAAUCUUUCCUCCUAUUCUGAAAGACCUGUCAACUCUUAGGAAUAAUUUUUUAGAAGAUGAAAGUAACAAUGGAAUCAGUGGUGGGCUGCUGCUGGUUGAACCGGUAGUUGUGACCUCCCAGGCACAAUCCCAUCUUAUAUCGCUGUGUUUUUGACGCACACAUGUGCGGAAGGCGCAUGUAAGUGAAUUGCUGUGUUUUUUAACGCUGCACGCAUGGGCAGAAGGCGCAUGAGAGCGAAUUGCCAUGUGUUUUGAUGCUGCAUGCACGUCCGCACACUCACUUUUCCGGUGAUGCAGUAUGUGAUGCCCACCUUUGCAUGGAUUGAAUAGGUGUGGAAAUUGCCCUUUCUCUUUUUGUGAACAAUUUGUAUGCAGCCUCAACUAUUAAUACGCUUAAUAAUAGUGCUUAAAUAAUCUGCUCCAUACAGGGUAAGAACAUAUCUUCCAUUCAAAGUUGCUCAGAUAAGUAUUUUCAGAUAUGUAAUGAAACUUACUUCAGAAUGCAGCUUUAUAUUUACAAAUGCCACCUCUUUAUUUCAGGCACAACUGAUUCUGCUAUAAGAAAAAGCAAAAAUGAUAAAGUUAACUGUUUUAGUCAUGGAAAUCGGUUAUGCAACAGUAUUUUACCUAAUGGAAAUCUAACAGUAAGAGAUUCUUCGGCUGGCACACAGUUUGUUCAAAUUCAAUUGCUUCAGGAUGAUUCUCCAGGAGAAGGAGAUCUACCCUUCCAGCUCAGUUCUCAAUCUUCCUCUUCACACUCUCAGUUGACAGUAGAUUUACCUGUUCAUAUUCUUCAGGAGCCACACAAUUCUGCCGAAGAAGAUGCCAAUUCUGAUAAUUCCCAGUUUACAGGAAGCACCAUUAAUCUACAAGACCUGGAAUGAUUGUGUUGGAGACAGAAGCAUUAGAACAUUCAGACACAGAAGCAUCCUGAGAAAUAAGAGUCUGUUCCUGCUUUUAAAGGAAAAAGUGAACAAUGGAAGCAUGGUCACCAGUGCUGGGAUACUUGAUGGUUAUCGUGCAACAAAAAUCUUGUUCAGUACAUUUUAUUUGAUAAGGCAAUUGGAGAUCUUGGUAUGUUCUGUCUUAGAGUCAGGAAAAGGUACAUAUGGCAGAAUUAAGAGUCCUGCAUUAGAGUGCAAUGGUGAUAUCCCACAGUGAUUUUAAGAAUAAUUAAGAAUUAAUAAUGAUUCUCCAAAUAGUAGAUAACAAUUAAGCUUAGCACUUUUUUUCUUGAAAUGAAUCCCUAAUUAAAUUUGGAGUUAAAAUGAAGGAAUAAGCAGGAAGACCAAUUUAUUUUUGCAAACUGACAUUUUAAAGAGAUAAGAGCAUUAGAAUAGUACCAUACUCAGGGAUAGUAAAGAUUGAAUUAGUAGAGCAAUAUGAGUUCUUGCUCUUGCUAUCUCUAAUUUAGCAUUUUACACUGAACUUGAGAAAACUGCCUAGUACAUGUUAUUUCUUAUCACUUUGGUUAUGUUUACAGUAAUAUAAAACAGUAUUGCCAAUUUGUACAUAUCCACUUUUAUUACAUAUACCUAUCAUGGUGCAUUUUUGGUCAAAAAUAGGUUUUGCUGAUGUCAGUAGAAUUUACUCCCAAAUUAAUGUUGAAAUGAUGGUCUGCUUAUUAUUUACAUACAGACUAUCUGGCUGAAGAAAGAGCUUCCAGCUAGUAUCGGUAGUAUAUAAAAGUAACAUCUUGACCGAAAUGAAAAAUAACAUCUUUAAAUAUAUAUGUUUUUAAAACACCUAUCUUUUAUUAUAGAUAACAGAAUUAAUUCAUGCAGACUUUUAAGAAAAAAUACUAAGAAAUCAGCUAAGCAGAGAAAUGUCAGUGUUUUACAAAAGAAUUUAAGUCUGGAACUUAAAAGAUUUUAUUCAUGAUAUGCCACAUGGCAUUAAAAUUAUACAUAUGUACGACUUAGUUAAAAAGUUGUGUGAGCUUUGUUGUUUUUUAUACAAAGAUGUCCUACAAAGGAACACUUUGAAUUUUUUCUUAUUUAUUUACAGUUAGAAGAAAAUUAAAGGUUAAUUCUUUUGAAUAUAUGAGGAGUGAGCAACAAAUAUCUCUAAAUUGACCCUUCCAUCACAUUCUAAAUUUGUAUCCUUGGAACUCAUGCUUAAGUAAAAGUAGCCUUGUCCUAUUACCUCUGCAACAUCUCUAGCAGCACUGAAAAAGAGGAAGACUGAUCAACAGCCUUCUCUGUCCUUAAAAUGUUACUGUGCGUCAUGUGGGCACCUAUGUUUUGGAAGUCAGGAGCCUUAGGAAAUAUAUUUCCUAGAGCUGUUGAAAUCUGAAGAGAGGUUCUUGAGGUUGAUGUCCCUUCAUACUACGUAUAUACUAGGAAGAUAUUAAUGUCUGGAAUAGCUUUGGAAAUACUAUUUUCUACUGUGUUUAAUGAACCAUGGAUAAUUUCUGUCUUGGAUUAUUCAUAAUAGAUUAUUCCAAAUUAAGAAGAUUUACCCAUAAAUAGAAUUAUACUAAUUGAUGCCUGUGCCUUUUGAACUUCAUUUUCAGAAGAAUGUAGUUUAGAAGCAUUUUAUACAGAUUACAUUAAUUCAAUUUCAUUUGUGGAUGUUUUUUAGAAAAAAAAAAUCUUGAGUGGGUAAUUUUUCAUUGACUGUAAAACGUUUACCUAUCGUGACCUAUUACUAUACAUUUACAUUAUCAAAACAAAUUGUUUUUGUUUCUGAUAUAAAACCUCUCGGUGAAAAAGUGAAGAAAUUGCUUAUUUUUAAACAACUUUUCUUUCUAUCACCAAGGUUCAAUUUUAAAGAGAAAUGGGGGCAUUUUGCCCUAAACAAUUGUCACCUCAAAAACUCAGUGGAAUAGUUCACACACUUACUGUGAUAGUGAUCCUCUAUAAAUUGGAAUGCAAGCAUAUCUGACUGUUAUAAAGACACAGGUAGAUUUAGAUUAAAUAGGUGGGCGUUAAGAAGCCUGUUCAUUCCUCAUAUCUUUUCUUUGAGUAAAAAAAAACUUUCUGUGGUUUCCACAGUAGGUGUGGCCUAGAUUUUCUUCAAAGCAUGUAUGGGGCAGAUUA